AUGAUGACAUUCAUUCAUAUUGGUGAAUAUUUAUUUUCAUUCAUUUUAUUCAUUCAAUUCUAUGGAAUGAUGAUGAUGAUAACUUAUGGUGAAAUUGUCAAGUCUAAUAUGAUAUUACAUAAUCAUAAUCAAAAUAAUCUCUCUACUAUUUAUAUGAUUCAUAAUGAUACAUUAUUAUUACAUAAUGAUCAUUUACAAAAUGAAUCUUUUAUAUUAGAUCAAUUCAAUCAUAAAUCUAAUGAUCCUGAUCCUGAUCCUGAUCCUGAUCCGGAUCCUGAUCAUAAUCAUAAUGAACAAUGGUAUUUUCAUUUUGAUAUGUUUAUUAUUACAUUUUUAGGUUUUAGUUCAUUUUGUGCAAAUAUUGGUUUAUUAUAUUUAGAUAGACGAGCUAAACCAUCAUGUACAACAAAUAAUUCAAGUUUUUCUAAUAAUUUCAUAACAAUUAAUACUACUAAUAACAAUACUACUAAUGGUAAUAAUAGUAGUACUAAUUUUCCUAUGCAUAAUAUCGCUAGUAAUAAUAAUAAUCUAAAAUGUUCAUCAUUCAACUUUCUAUAUAAAAAAUGGUCACAUAAAAGAAAUUCUCAUGGAUCUAAUGGUUUACUAUCUAAUCAAUCAUCAAUAAUAACAAUACCAAAUGAGACAAUGAAUAAAAUGACCAUUCCAAAUACAACUACAACAAAACGUUCAUUUUCUGUAUCAAAUCCUCCAUUAAAUAAAUAUCCAUCAUCAAUUAGUUUAUUGAAAUUUAAUCAUUAUCCUUAUCAUCAUGGUUCAAUUCAUUAUCAUACACCACGUAGUCGUAGACAACGUCGUUAUUUAAGAGGUUUACUUGGUUUAUCUAUAAGUAAUUUAAGUUUAUCUAUAUGUUUACUUAGUUGGUGUAUAUGUCAAAUUAUUAUAUAUAAUAUUAAUGAACAAUAUUAUAUAUUAAAUGCAUGGUUAACAAUUAUAUCAUUAAUUAAUAUAUGGACUAUAGAUAUUGCACAAACAUUAGAAAUUGGUGCUAUUUUAUGGAUUGCAUUAGAACGUACACUUGGUAUACAUUGGCCUAGUGAAAUACAAACUAUGAAUAACAAUAAUAAUAAUAAUAAUAAUAAUAAUAAUACAAAACUUUCAAUGAAAUGUAAUCUAAUCCAAUGUAAAUUUUCAUUAUUAAAAAAUAUGUUUAAAAAAUGUACAUUACAUAAUCAUUCUUCUUCUUCUCCUUCUUGUUGUCGUUGUACACCUUUAUUCAUGAAUCAAUCAUCAUCAUCAUCAUCAGCCUCAGCAACAACAUCACCCUUAGCAACAACAACAAUAAAUAAAAAAUAUCGUGAAAAACAAAAAUCAAUAAUUUGGUUUCUUCGUGUUAUUUUAUGUUUAUUACCAUUAAUUUUAUUUAUAUUAGCAUCAAUUUAUAGUUUAAUGAAUAUAAUACAACAAAUUAAAAAACAGAAAUUAUUAUAUCAUCAACAAUUACAACAUGAAAUACAACAACCCCAACUCCAACUCCAACCCCAACAACAACAACAACAAUAUCAAAUUGAUAUUAUAUCAAAACUGAAAACUACUUAUAUUACACAUAAUAGUAGUAUAAAUAAUGAUCAUCAUCAUCAUAAUAAUAGUUAUAUACAAUAUUUUAAUUCAUUAGUAGUAUAUAAUUAUUAUAUUUAUAUUACUAAUAAUUUCUUUACUAAAAAGCAUACAUACUUAUUCUUACAUAAAAUUCAUAUUAAAUAUCAAACUUAUAUGUAUUAUACUAAAUCUAUUAUACCAGCAUUAAUCAUUGGACAAUUUUUAGCACCAUUAGCGAUUUUAAUUACAACAAAUUUAUUGAUUUAUCAAAAAGUCUCAUCAAGAGAUAAACGAUUUUUCUCUAGACAAUCAAGUAAUACUAGUAAAUCAUCAUUUAUAUCUGGUACAUCGAUUUCAUCAAUUAAUUCACCAAGUCAAAGAAAAUUAACUACAACAACUAUUAAUUUUCCAAUACCAUUAUUACGUGUACUUGAAAGUAGUAAUCAAGAUAUUCGAAUUAAUUUUGACGACGACAACAAUACUACUACUACUACUACUAAUAAUAAUAAUAAUGAUAAUACAUCUAAGGAGUAUAGUACAUUAAUCAAUAAAUCUAUAAAUGAUCACUUAGAAACUAAACAAUCAAUAUCGAAUUUAAAAAAUCAAAAACAAAAUACACUUUUAGUUCCUUUUAUUGAUUUAAAUGAGAAUAGUUUUCAAUAUUCAUCGAUUAAAAAUUUACCAAAUACUCCUCCUCCCCCUCUUCCUCCUCCUCCUCCUACUAUUAGUACCAUGACAACUAAUUCAUCAUUAUAUCAUAGAAAUAAUAGUAGUAUUGAUAAUAAUCAAAAAUAUUUAUUUAAUGAACGAAGAAAUAGUAUUUCAAUUAUUCAAUCCUAUAAUGAAUUGUAUGAGAAUAAUUCUAAUAUAACAUUAACAUCUAAAAGAUUAUUGACUACUACUACUACUAAUAAUACUACUCAUAAUAAUUGUCAACUGACAACAUCAACAGGAACUUCACUACCACCACCACCACCAUCAUCAUCAUCCACCACCACCACCACCACAACAACAACAUCAUCAUCCUAUCGAUUCAAUGAAUCAAAUAAUAAAUUAUCUACAAUGUAUACAAUACAAAAACGUCGUAAAAGUAGUAAUGAUAUAUUGAAUUUAUUAUUUCAAUCACGUACAACAGAUUUAUUGCAUACAAAAUCUACUACUGAUGAAUCUAUAUUAAUACAAGUAUUAAGACGACAACAUAAACGUACAUUACGUAUAUUAAUUAUAUUAUUAUUAUUAUUUAUUAUAUGUCGUGGACCAAGAUCAUUUAUAUUAAUUAUACAAUGGUUACAAUAUUAUACUUAUUAUAAAAAUCAAUAUCAAUCUUAUUUAUAUACAUGGUUACAAUAUACAAGUAUAUUUUCUUAUUCUAGUGCAAUAUUAGAUACAAUUCUAUAUGGAUUUUGGGGUAAUCGUAUUUAUCGAUUAUAUAUUAAACAUUUAUAUACACAUUGUGCCUUAUAUAAAUGUUGUAUUAAUCAAUAAAAAAAUUGAUUAUGUAAUCAUUAAGGAAAUGAUUACAUAUUGAUUUUUUUUUCUAUUGUUUAUUCUAUUUUAUAAAGAAAAAAAAAUUAUUCAUAAAGAUGUUUGAAUAGGUCACCUACUAGUACUUGUUAUUCAAUCCUGUCUUGAUUGAUUACAUAAUGCCUGGGUUUCUUUUUUCUCGUGAAGGAGCAUAAGCCUCUCAUCAAUAUUCUUCAUCUAAAUCUAUUCUGAGAAAUCCUUUCUAGCUCUUUUCAAUUGUUAUUCAUCUUUUUCAUAUUUGAUUCUAUUUCUCGAUGUAAUGUGUUCUUUGGCAUUCCUUUUUUCCUCUUCCAUUUCAGGAUUCCAAAUUAGUGUUUGUAUCGUGAUGCAGUUUAGUGAUUUGUAUAAUGUAUGUCUUAUCCAUUUCCAUCGUCUUUUCCUAAUUUCUUCUUCAACUGGAAGUUGGUUUGUUCUCUCCCAGAGAAGGCUGUUGCUGAUGGUAUCCGGUCAAUGGAUGUUGAGUAUCUUGCGUAGAAAACUAGUUAUGAAUACUUUCACCUUCUUGAUGAUGGUUGUUGUAGUUCUCCAGGUUUCAGCUCCGUAUAGUAGAAUUGCCUUGACGUUGGUAUUGAAGAUUGUGACUUUGAUAUUGGUUGACAGACAGUUGUUUUGAGUUCCAUAUGUUCUUCAAUUGUAGGAAUGCAAUCCUUGCUUUACCAAUCCUAUUCAAGAUGGUUAGAAACUUUAAAUAAUAUGAAGCGAAAUCAUUUACAAUUGCAUAGAUACAUUCAAUCUUUAUGUUCUCCUAAAUUCUUUUCUCUAUAUUUAUUUCAUUAGAUUAUACUCUUUGAAUAAUAUCUUCACACCUUAAUCUUUCUGAUGACUGUUUAUACUUUUACUAUUUCUAUCAUUAUGAGAUUUGAAUUGACAAUUGUAUCUCUAUGCUAAUGUGGUAUGACAACUCAAACCGAUGUACGUACAUACAAAGUUCUACAUUGUUACUAACUGAUUAACUGAUUCAUAAAUAUAUGUAAACAUCUAUCAUUAUCUAUGAUCAACUAAUUCAUUCUUUAUAAUAUCUUCUUUGUCUCUUUCAUCAACCCUUCCCUGUCACUCUUUCACACACACACACACACACACCCAUAAACACACGUUUGUAACUAGUCAUUAUACUGCGAAAUUUUACAAUAUAGUACAAUUUCUAAAGUUACAUAUAUCAUUCUUAUUAUUACUAUUACUGUUAUUACAAGCCAGAGAAUAGACACUGAGGUAUAUAUUGUUGAAUAUAAAUGAAAAGGUCAUGUCGAUUUUUUUCCUUUUUGUCACUUUUCUCUCUUUUGUUUUUCUUUUUCUUUUCUUUUUCACAUUUCUUUAUUAAAGUCAAAAUACAUUGAUUGAUUGAUUGGUUGAUUGAUAAUGUUUUAUUUACUGUUCUGUUUAUGUUGAUGUUCAACUUGUUACGAAAAGAAAAGAAAAGAAAGGAAGAAAGAAAAAAAGAGAGAGGAAAGAAAUUGAGUAAAAGUGUAAUAUGAAAAUUGAUUUGAGCAAAUUUUUAAAUUAACCGCAUAAUUUUCAAAGUGAAUUUGCGCCCCACCCCCCUAAAAAAAAACUAAGAAUUUAUAUAAUUAUGUAUAUUUUUGUGAUGAUACUGAUCAUUUAUUUCUUUUUGUGACACAUGGUAACCAAGUGACAAUACUGAUACUCAUUGAUACUCUUUA